AUGUCAGAGUCUCGCCAAAGGCCUCCUUUUAAAGGCCCGAGAUGGAUUAUCACUUUGGUUGUUCUGGUUACAGUCGUUGUCAUCACAGCACUCAUAUAUCCUCCGCGGAAUUCUGUGGCAUGCUAUAUGUUUUCUGGUCCUGGAUGUCCUUUAUAUCAACAGUUUUUAUUUGUACCUUCGAGGGAAUUGACUGACACUGAAGCUGCAGCUCAAGUUGUUACGAAUGAGAUAAUGAAUUUACCUGAGUCUAAGCGAGCAAAUCCGAAGAUUGCCUUCAUGUUCUUAACACCAGGGACUCUGCCUUUUGAGCUUCUCUGGGAAAUGUUCCUCCGUGGUCAUGAGAAUAAAUAUUCAAUUUAUGUGCAUGCGUCAAAGAAAAGUCCUGUACAUACAAGCAGCUAUUUUGUUGGUAGAGAUAUUCACAGUCACAAGGUUGCUUGGGGUCAGAUAUCGAUGGUUGAUGCAGAAAGAAGGCUAUUAGCUCAUGCUCUCAUUGAUCCUGAUAAUCAACACUUUGUCUUGCUUUCAGAUAGUUGUGUACCGCUAUUCGACUUUAACUAUAUCUAUAAUCAUUUGAUCUUCGCAAACCUUAGCUUCAUUGAUUGUUUUGAGGAUCCUGGACCACAUGGAAGUGGUCGGUAUUCACAACAUAUGCUGCCUGAGGUUGAAAAGAAGGAUUUUCGAAAGGGCUCGCAGUGGUUUUCAAUGAAGAGGAGACAUGCGAUAGUCGUCAUGGCGGACAGCCUUUACUACACCAAAUUCAAGCUAUAUUGUAGGCCGAAUAUGGAAGGACGCAACUGCUAUGCAGACGAGCAUUAUUUCCCAACUCUUUUCAAUAUGAUUGAUCCAGGUGGAAUUGCAAACUGGUCGGUGACGCAUGUUGACUGGUCAGAAGGAAAAUGGCAUCCGAAAUUAUACAAUGCAAGAGACAUCACUCCUUACCUCAUCAGGAAAAUCAAGUCCAUCCAACUUGCUUACCAUGUCUCAAGUGAUUUAAAGAAAGUGACGACAGUAAAGCCGUGUCUAUGGAAAGGAGAGCAACGUCCGUGUUAUCUAUUUGCUCGGAAGUUUAAUCCUGAAACUCUGGACCGGUUGAUGUAUCUCUUCCCUAACUACACCUCGUUGGUUUGA